AUGUCUCGUCGAAUACCUUCGAUUUCGGAUCUUAAUAUCCGAUCUGAACAGCCUAUAAAACGAUUUAAAACAUCACCAACUUCAUCCUAUCGUAAUAUAUUUGAACAAUUUGAUGAUGUUCCACCACCUGUAAUAACAAAUACGCAAACAAUAAUUCCUAAAACAACAUUUGUAUCGAAAUUAUCAUCACAACAAUCUUCAUCAACAUCAUCAUCAACAGCUCGAUUGAUAAUGAAGAAAACAGAAACGAAAUCUAAUGAUGAACUUUGGUCAACUUUAUUUCAACCUAAGAAACGUCAAGAUCUGAUUAUACAUGCUAAAAAAAUAAAAGAACUUGAAGAAUUACUUCUAAGAUCAUGUGAACUUGAUAAAACAACUAAACGACCAUCAAAAUUAAUACUUAUUUCUGGUCUAUCUGGCACCGGAAAAUCAACAUGUUUACGAAUAUUAGCUUCGUCAUUGAAUAUUAAUAUUAUUGAAUGGGAAACUCGAACAACUACAAAUUUAACAAAUUCUUUACAAGAUGAACAACGAGAUGAUCGUCAAUGGAUUGAAUCUCAGAAACGUUCAUUUCGUACAUUUGUAUUUCAAUCAACUCGUUAUUUAUCUUCAUCAACAGGUAAUUCUAAUAAUGGUUUAAUAUUUGAAAAUGACAAUGAAGAAUCAACUCAAUCACAAACAUUAUUGAAUUCAAAUAAACAAAUAGUAUUAAUUGAAGUAAGUUAG